UUACAGGACAGUAUAUUUAUAACUCUGUAAAUAAAUGGAGAAUCCAUAAGGCUAUGAAGAUACAUUACCCAGAGCUGUUUGACGACGAAAAGGUAAGUUAUACUCAUGCAAAGUGUAGUAGUCAUUGUAAAACACAAUAAUAAUUCACGAAGGAAGUUCAAAAUAGAUCAAUGUUUAAUGAGAUGUUGUUUUCACAUGUACAAAAUUUUCCUCAUUUGUAUCAGCUUUUCCCUCUUUAUACGUCACCGCCAUUUGCAGCUAGCGUGCAGCGUACAACAAUUGACCACUUGCGUAAUAGACUGAAUUUUUUAUCUAGACAAAAAUUUCAUCACAGCUUGAAAGAGCAUCACAAAAUUAGUAAUAUUCCAAAGUUUCGUUGCGAAAUGUUGUAAAAUGCGGAUAAUAUAGCCUUGCGAAGUUUGCAAUUUUCAGUCAUUUUAGAUUACAAACGGGAAAUUGACAGCCCAAUACCCUUUGGGGCAGUCAAUUUCCCGUUUGUAAUCUAAAAUGACUGAAAAUUGCAAACUUCGCAAGGCUAUAUUAUCCGCAUUUUACAACAUUUCGCAAAGAAACUUUGGAAUAUUACUAAUUUUGUGAUGCUCUUGGACCUUUCCCCUUUGAUCUAGACAAAAAUUUCAUCAGAACUUGAAAGAGCGUCACAAAAUUAAUAAUAUUCCGAAAUUUCGUUGCGAAAUGUUAUAAAAUGCGGAUAAUAUAACGAAAUUCCCUGCGAAAUUUGCGAUUUUCAGUCAUUUUGUAUUACAAACGGGAAAUUGAUGCCCCAACACCCGAUUGGGCUGUCAAUUUCUCAUGCGUAAUACAAAAUGACUGAAAAACAGCAAAUUUCGCAAGGCUAUAUUAUCCGCAUUUUACAACAUUUCUCCACGAAACUUUGGAAUAUUACUAAUUUUAUGAUGCUCUUUCAAGCUGUGAUGAAAUUUUUGUCUAGAUCAAAAUUUUAGUUAUAAGGGGAAAGGUCCACUUUCAUGUUUUUAUUGGCCGAACUUUUCAUGCUGCUAUGGGCGGAGCCAACAUUACCAUGGGCCAGUUGUAUAAACCUCUUAACUACUUUUUAACUGUCCAUUUUGUAGUCAAAUACGGUAGUGAUUAAGUUUAACCACGUUGUCAAGUCGGUUGUAUAAAAAUGUAGAAAGCGUUAACUGCAGUUAAAAAGUAAUUAAAGUUAACCAUGCUUUAGAUAUCGUUAACUUCUCAAAACGUAUUUUUCAGUAAAACGAUGAAAAGCAACGCUUAUAUACCUGGGAUUUUCAUCGCUAUUUUCCUGUGAAUAUUUUCUGAAAAUAUAAACUAAUAAAGUCUUAAAACGCUAUCGCUUUGGUUUCUUAGCGAAAACAGAACAUAUUUUUGCACAGGAAGAUUUCACGAAGACGACAUAGCCCAUUACACGAAGAAACAUGUUAUAUAAUUGCCAAACAGCUACACUUUGGUUUAACGUAAACAUCUCAAGGAAAAACUGCCUUCUUUGAUUUUUCCUUAUUUUCUUGUUUAUUUUUCACUGUUUUGAAUAAAAUUCCACUUGCAUAAUACGAGUCCACAAUAUAUUAAAAAAGCUUGUCGGCGGUCGUUUAUCACUCCUUUAUGUAAUUCUGAUUUUAAACGCCCCACGCAUAGUUAACUACGAGAUUGGUUAACUAUCCGACUACUACGUUUUGUGCAAAGCAGUUAAGUCAACUAUUUAACUAUCUAUAGUUAAGGAUUUAACUACGGUAGUUAAUACUAACUGCAGUUAACUUUAACUACGUUUUUAUACAACCGGCCCCAGGGCGUUUUUAUUACCAUUUGCGAGCUUUCGUGAGGCGUGCAAUCGGUUAACCUGAAAUUCAGGCCCUAAUAGCAAUCAGUAGACCGCGACACCCCCACUUUUUUGGCAUCCCGCGCGUUCUGUUUCAAAGUCAUCACGUGAUAUCUCGUACGUACCACAUGACCAGCUAGAUGUUCAACCGCUCUUCGGGCUUGUCGUUGAAAAAGUGCAUGCCACUAUAUUACAAGAUCGAGAUCACAUUUUCGGUAAAAGGGAGAUCAUAAAUAUUUAUGAAGUCAACGUUUGAAUAAAUUGACAGUUGAGUAACGAAUUUCUGGCGUUAAAUUCUAAACCACGCACCUGAUUGGACAAUAAUUAAUUUACCUGCCAGAUUGUCAAACUGAAACUUGCAGUUUUUCACGCCCUGGCUGCAACAACUUGUGAUCACGAGGUCCGGAAAUAUUUAAUCACGAGGUACGUUUGAAUACAUCACCUGGUGUCUCUUACGUUGGCGUGCGGUCAGGUACAUGUCGCGGUCUACUGAUAAAACUAUGUCAAAACUUUUUGUUUUAUCAAAAUAACAUUUGUAGGCGUGGCAUCAAACGAAUUGUUUUGCAUGCGGAAUUUUUAACUUAUUAAAAAUGUUUCACAAAUAUGCGGGUAGGGCAGUAAUAAAGUAGUAAAGUAGUAGAGCUACUUUUAAAAUACAGAAUGCUGGGUUUGGUGGAUAAUGCAAGUGAGCAUAUACUUAUACAUGCAGAGCGCUGCAUCGGAAUCACAGGGGCGCAGGUUCGAUUCCUGCCAGAUGACCUAGUGUUGCAGUUUUUGCAACCAUUCCUUGUUAUACGCUCACUUGAAUUAUCCAUCAAACCAAGCAUUCUAGUUCAACCAACUGAAGUGCAAAACACUUCUUUCAAGUUCACUAUAAAAUACACGUGUACGUUUGUGGUCGAAACUAGUAGUUUCGCAUGGAAAAUAGGUUCGUGUCGUACCACACCAACAAAUGUUUUAUGAGCAAAACAAAAGGUCUUGAAUAAGGAAACGUUUUGAAAUCUAGUUUCAAAUGUACGAUUCACGGACGCUCGCAAAUGGUAAUAGAGAGUUUACGAUUCACGACGCGGCUAGAGAAGACGCGUUAGAAAGGCGUGGUAACUAGCGUGGCCAACGCGUCCUGUGUAAUUCCACGCCGAUUCUACGACGGAGUUUUGUCAAUUUCACGUUGUGAUCACUACUCUGCGAAUUUCAAGUGAGUAUCGAAUACUUUUACAUUGAAAAUGUGAAUUUAAUUUCUUAAAUUUUUUUGUUGAUGAAGUAGUACCUUUGAUUACAUUUCCUUUGAUUACAUUUCCUUUGGUGUUUAAACAGAAAUUACGAAGAUUUUGAAGAACCUAUAAAGAAGACUAGUUACCGCGCUAGUUACCAAGCCUUUGGUAACUAGCGUUUGGUAACACAGCUGCUCAUGCUGUACAUAUUACAUCAUCAAUGCGCGAGGUUGUUCUUCUCACCAUAAAAUCCUACCUUGAUGCUCACGUAAUAGGGAUAUUCAAGGUUUCCGACGCCAUCUUCAAUCUAUUGUUUUUACCAUUGUGUUUGCACCUCCUGCAAAUUUACCGAUAGGGAAUUCCAUUGUGUUUGCACCCCUUACGCUACUGUGUUUCGUUAUGGCGUCGCAAACCUUGAAUCCUCCUAUUCUCUAACCAACAUUCCUCAAAAUCUUUAGCCAUUUUUCUUAUACGGUAGUUUAUUGUCUUAGCUGCAUGAUUAUUAAUUGAUGAAGAAAUGUUAAAACGUAUCCCAUAUUUUAAAAUAAUUCAUUCAUCCGCCUAUACUUUCUCACCACAGCCCCUUCUGAAAACCCUAAGCUCUGAUCUUGUAAUGAACAAUUGCAAUAAUUUGACUCCAUCUACCGUUUGUUAAAUCAUGGAUAAUAAAAUAAAUGGAUAGGAAACUAGCUGACGUGACCUAAUGUUUUCAAUGGGCUGAUAGCGUGGUUGGAUGUUGAAACCUAUAGUUGCAAACCAAAUUCUCAAAAACGGCAUGUUUAGCAAUAAUACAGCUAAUUAAAACAUUUUAGUCAAAGAGCAAAUAAAUAUAACUACGCCAUUCUACGAUGAAAUCUCUAAGUAUUCCCAGUCAAUUUUAGCAAAUAUUUCAAGCACUAAACAGGGAAAAAUGCAUCUCAAAUUUCGUUAAAAUUGGCGACGCCAAUUUCGUAGCUACAAAUGUAAAAAAAUACAAAACAAAGACGAAAAACAUUAUCUUGAAUACUUUGUCGUGGCUUAGGCAUGUUUUUAAAACAAUUAGACCAGUUUACUGCUUCAAUAUUACUCUUUUAAAGCGGAAAAUAUAGCGAAACAACAAAAAUGCCGAGAACUUUGGUAUGUUUGCAAUACGCGUGACGUCACAGAUUGCAACUAGGUUUAGACUGUGACGUCAGGAAGUUUCCUAUCCAGUUAUUUUACAAUCCAUGGUUAAAUUAAGAUCUCUUAUAGGAUUGCUUGAAACUCACCUAUAGCCUACCUUAAUGUAAUUAACGGCUUUCCUGAAAUUACCUUGUAUACUAAUGAAUUAGUAUAUAUGAAAAACAAUUAUUCAGUGAUGAGGCUGAGCAUGAUAUCAAGAAUUAUUCAGACCGAGGUCAAUGUUAUCUACCGAAGCGAACCUGAGACGGAUAACAUUGACCGAGCUCUGAAUAAUUCUUGAUGUCAUGCAAAAGCCGAAUCCAAUAAUUGUUUUAUUAUACAUUUAAAGACAUCAGAAACGUAUAAAACGAUCAAACGAAGUUUAUUAAUGUUUCAAGUAUAUUACAACAAUGCUGCAAUAAAGUAGAAAAUGAACAUUUCUUUUAGAAGAUAGUUUUGCAUCCUUUUGUGACUUUCUUAGUACUGUCACUGUCUUUAUCUGCUAAUCAUUUUGACAGGUCGUUUUCAUCCCACGAAGCAAAUCUACUGUGAGCCAUUUUGUUUAUUUUAUUUUCGCGUGGUUUGAGUCGUUGGCCGCGCCGAGGCUUGGGCACGACAGCGUCCAAUAAUGGAUGCAAGUUCGAUCCAAAAAAAACUAUUAUUGGACGCUGAGCACGUCAGGAGCUGAAAUUACGUAAUAAGUACCGAACAUUGAGAAUUAUCCGGUGCUCUCUGACCAAUCAGGAACGAGAAUAUACAUACUAGAUGUAUAACAAAUAUAUAUAUAUAAUCUUAAUAUUCAAUCUCGUCUUCAAGCAAUCUCGGUGUGAAUAAUUUUUUAUAUUUUGCUCAGCUUCAUCCUAAUAUUGUUUUAUGUUUUACUGUAUAAGAGAUGUUUUGUAUUUAUAAAGGAGGUGACAUGGGAAGAAUGGCUGGAUAACUUAGUUUCUCGCAAGCGAAAACUCGGACAACUGGAUGAUAAAAUUGCACAAUUAGAAAUUGAAUUUGAAGUAUUAGAAAAGGAGGAGCGAGAGUUACUAAAGCAACAACAGUCAUGAUAUCGUCAAGGAAGCAGCUUGCUGAGAGAAAAAUCCGAGUGUACGUUUGAAAUCACAUUUGGAAAGUUAGCAGGGACGACGCUACUCAGAAUUUACUUUCGUUCAAUCCACUUAAUAGACCUUUCCCCUUUUGAGUGAAAUUUUGAUCUAGACAAGUCUGGACAAAAUUUCAUCACAGCUUGAAAGAGCAUCACAAAAGUAGUAAUAUUCCAAAGUUUCGUUGCGAAAUGUUGUAAAAUGCGGAUAAUAUAGCCUUGCAAAGUUUGCCGUUUUCCAGUCAUUUUGCAUUACAAACGGGAAAAUGAUAAUCAGUUUGAUCAUCUGAUUGUCAAUUUCCAUUUGUAAUGCAAAAUACUGAAAAACGGCAAACUUCGCAAGGCUGUAUUAUCCGCAUUUUACAACAUUUCGCAACGAAACUUCGGAAUCUUUCAAGCUGUGAUGAUCAAAAUUUCACUCAUAAGGCGAAAAGUCUAUUCCCUUAUCGUCUUCCAAUCUAAGGGAACUGUUACACGACGUGUAAUUUCUUUGUGAAACUGCAACGCAAAGCCAAACCAAUAAAAGAUUUAAGACAGCGUUAAACAUGUGGUUCCUUUUCAUUAAUUCAAUUAUAUACCUUUUUUCGGUUUUCCGGUUUUAGUGGAAAAGCGAUACCAGAUAUGUUAUUAACCGCCUCACCAAAAUGGGCAUUCCUUAUUUUGCCAACAGUUACCCGAUUUCUGAUGUUUUUCGAAAUCUUUCCUGGGCUACUUUAAACCUAGUCUGCGAACCCAUGCACACGUCAUUUCCCACGCAAAGUAACUUUCCGAGCAAAGAAUGAGCGUGGGAAAUGACGUCUGGGUUCGCAGACUACUUUAAACCGAUUUUAGAGUUAUAAAGUACAGAAUAGCAGACAGUGAGAAAACAUGGCUAGGCAGUAUAUUUAAUAUAUUGAUCUCACGGAUGUACAUUGUAUAUAACAUAUUUAUGUAAAUUAAUGACAAAAAUGUAUUACUUUGGAAAUUAUAUGACUUAGAUAACAUUAUUUCCAGAAAUCAAUAAACGCGAUAAAUUUAUGGGAUGUUCAGAUGGGUAUAGAGUGAAAGACAUUUUAUAGUCUAGUUUCGCCAUGUCGAAAUUUUCACAAGUCAUCAAUUUCUCUUGAUUCUCCGACUCUUUGGCGCCAUUUUUAAUACUUAAUUGUUAUUGUCGACCCUUGGACGAACAAAUUCCGAACGUUAAUUAAAAAGUCGUUUGAAUAUUUGAUUAUAUAUGGAAGAGCCUUGUAGCUGAGAAGUUAACUAGGAGUUAAUAUCGCAAGGAAAGUCCACUGAUAAAUCGAGAAAAACCUAGGCACAUGCACAGCGCCGAUUCCACCAUGAAGAAAUAUCAUACAUAUCCUGUACGACCAGUCCUAUCGUAUACGUGCGCCUUUAAUAGUUUCUAUUCGGUCGUGGUAUCCGACAUCUGAUCUCCCUGGACUAAAUUGUUUUUCUUUUACGAGCACACAUGAAAAUGUAAUUGUUUAUCUUUCGAAAGAUUCAUCAAGGCCACGAGUCUUUUAAGCGCUUGUUGCAGAAUAAGGUAGUACUUCGAUCAAUUGUCAUUCUGGCGUAUGAAAAUGAUUGCAGACGCACAAUUCCAAUGCAAAAGUUUAUGGCGAAAUUUGAAAAAUUAUUUGUUCGAGUUCUUAUUUCACGAUAAGAAUUGUACGUGGCCAAUCGUAUCGUGCAAACGUGCCUAAAUAACACGCGGACGCCGUACAAUUUUCGUUUAUUUCGUUUAUGCCAAUCGACAACUUGCAUGUUAGAACUAAUUUUUGAUCUAGGCAAAAAAAAAAAAGGAAAUCCCGUGUAAAGAACUUACUAAAAUUAGUAAAA